AUGUUAAUACUUCUUAAUAAAUCGGGGUACUCCAAGCAUGUGCAUACAGAAAAGAACAACAAGAAGAACUGGCCCUCUAAUCCUGGCAAUUCCAAUAGUGAGGUCAACAUGAGGUCACAGAAGAAGAGAAGGGCAAGGUUCACAAAGAAGAAGGAUGAUUCUAAUGCUGCAGAUUCAGAUGAUGAGGUGAGGAGUGUUGGAAAAGGAAGGAAAUUGAAGAAAAGAAAGGUUGCCGCAUCUGGUACGUCAUCUUCAACCUUACCACUGUACAGUUCUGAGUGGAGCAAAAAAUCAGAUGACUCUGGUGAUGAGAUACAUCCUGUUGAUCUCAUGAUCUUUGUCUAUGUGGAGAAGCUGAAUCCUCCUUGCAUGGCAAAAGGUAAGGUUGAAGAAAGUGACAAGUAUGCCUAG